CUCUCUGCUCUGUUGAACUCUCUGCUGCUGCUCGUUCAGCUCAAAUAACUUUCUACGCACGCGCAGCCGCUUCAGUUGUGAACGCGACUUCAAGGCGCACGGUUCGCAUGACGCUUGAUACAAUUGAGCGCGGUUUUUGUUGUGGUUUUUGCAAAUCGCGCGCGUGUCUUUGCCCAUAGUCGGGAAUUGAUAUAUUGAGCGAAAUCUCAUUGAUUUUACGCACGUAAUUAGAACAAACGGAUUGGCCGUUAAUUGCAGUGGACAGUAAUUGCUGUGCAGCCUGCAUACCAGUCCAACGGUGUCUCGUUAAUGUGUCAAUUGGCGAUUUGUGAUUGACGCGUCACGGCGAGCAGGUGUGCGUGUACCUGGGUGUGUGUGUGUGUGUGUGUGCGUGUGUGUGACAUGUGCUAAUUGGCAACAGCUCCAAUUUUGCCCAAACAUGUCGAAGCUGCUCGCAAAGAAGCGCUGGUGGAAAAUCUGCCUGCCACACACGCAAAACGAUGCCACAAAAAACUAUCGCGAGAUUAUAAUGCACAGCGAAUGCGGCUCGGUGCUGGCCAUCACCGACACCAGCAGCAGCAACAGCAGCAGCACCAGCGCCAGCAGCGGCUCGCCCAGCGACAGCGUCUCGAAGAACUCCCAGCCGGAUGCGGGCAAGUUGUUUCCACGCAAUAUGCCCAGCAUAAGGCGCAGCCGGCGACGCUCCGCCGAACGCCGACCGGAACCAGCUGCAGCGCCAACGCCAGCUCCAGCUCUAGCUGCAGCGGCCACUCUGUCUGUGCCCGCCCAGCAGCCGCAGCGCAGCGCCCAUCAGUCGCGCCAAUCGACAGUGGCCAAAUUGACGCCGCGCAAGCUGAAGACGAACUGCUCCAAGCAGCGCGCGCUGCCCAGCGCCGGCUACCCGAUCAAGGCUGCCGUCAAGACCAAAACUAAGCCCAAGCAGCUGACGCUGGCGCCCUAUGACAUAGCGCUGGAGCUGCCGGCGCCCAGCUGCCCGCUGACCGAGGGCACGCCCAGCCUGGCGCGGGCGCUGCACUCGCAGCAGUCGAGUCUGAUAAGCAGCGAUUUGUCCGGCGACAAUGUGCCCGUCAAGCUGCAGGAGGAGCACUUUCAUUCCUCGGGCAUAUCCUGCAAUGGCGAGACGGAUGACGAUGUCGAGGUGGCCAUGCUCACGGGUAGCCUCAGUCCAGCGCAGCUGCAGCGCCUGCAGCAGCAGCAGAAGCGAACCAUGCCCACUUUGCCCACUCUGCCGCGACAUUUGCCCCUCAACGAGCUACGCAAUUUGAAUGUUUGUCGGAAUCGGAGCACCGUUUGGCUGCACAAUGCGGACACGGAGCAGCUGCUGGGCGGUGGGCGUGGCAGCAGCAGCAGCAGCAGCAGAGGGCAGUCCAAUACCGAAGCGGGCUGCUACUUAAAUGCGGCCAUUGCCGAUGAUAUGCAAUUAAGCGAUAUUGAAGAACAAUUGGCCAAGUUUGAUGGCCAGCAACAACAGCAACAACAUGGCAAAGCUGCCAAAACCAACCAGUCGAACCACAAAUACAAGCCCACGCCCGCACCGCGCACCAGCAGCUCCGCAUUCGCCACGAGACGCAGCAGCCACAAGAUGCAGCAGCCCGGCAGCAGCUACUACACGCAAACGGAGAGCGAAUUGCUGCAGCUGGAGGCUGGCGGUGGUGCGCCCUUUCCGCCGCAUCGCGGCAACACAGCCCAGCAGCAGCCGCAACAGCCGCAGCAGCAGCCGCAGCAAUGCAACAACAACAAUUUGGAUGCCCCAUCGACGGCCGGCAGCAGCAGCGGGACGCCGUCGCACUUUGUGUCGCCGCUGCAGAGACGCCACUGCCAGCCGCCUAACCAUCUGCCACUGAACUCGGUGGUGGCCACGCCGCUGCGCACCGCCAGCUACAAGACGGCGGCCACGGCCAGUGUCUAUCAUCAUAGCCACCAUCAGCAGCUCGAUUUUCAGCGCAACUCACAGUCGGACGAUGACAGCGGCUGUGCGCUCGAGGAGUACACCUGGGUGCCGCCGGGUCUGCGGCCAGAUCAGGUUCGCUUGUACUUUAGCCAACUGCCGGACGACAAAGUGCCCUACGUCAACAGUCCCGGGGAAAAGUAUCGCGUGAAACAAUUGCUGCACCAGCUGCCGCCCCAAGAUAACGAAGUGCGCUAUUGCCACUCGCUGAGCGACGAGGAGCGCAAGGAGCUGCGCAUCUUUUCGGCGCAGCGCAAGCGGGAGGCGCUCGGACGUGGCGCGGUGCGGCUGCUGUCCGACGAAAGGCCCUGCAAGGGGUGCGAGGAGCAGCUCUCCGGCGGUGACAUUGUGGUCUUUGCCCAGCGCCUGGGCGCCCAGUUGUGUUGGCAUCCCGGCUGCUUUGUGUGCAGCGUAUGCAAGGAGCUGCUCAUGGACUUGAUAUACUUUCAGCGCGAUGGAAAUCUCUACUGUGGCCGCCAUCAUGCCGAGACCCAGAAACCGCGCUGCUCCGCUUGCGAUGAGAUCAUCUUCUCGGAUGAGUGCACGGAGGCCGAAGGUCGCACCUGGCACAUGAAACACUUCGCCUGCCAGGAGUGCGAGCAUCAGCUGGGCGGCCAGCGAUAUAUUAUGCGUGAGGGCAAGCCGUAUUGCCUGGGCUGCUUUGACACCAUGUUCGCCGAGUACUGUGAUUACUGCGGCGAGGUCAUUGGCGUCGACCAGGGCCAGAUGAGCCACGACGGGCAGCACUGGCAUGCAACGGAUCAGUGCUUCUCGUGCUGCACCUGCCGCUGCUCGCUGCUGGGACGUCCGUUUCUGCCGCGUCGCGGCACCAUCUACUGCUCCAUUGCGUGCAGCAAGGGUGAGCCGCCAACGCCGUCGGACACGAGCUCUGGCCCACAGUUGCGGCCCACACAUCGCGCCUCCACUUCCAGUCAAAUAGCGCGCUCGCCGCGGCGCACGGCCGAGUCGACGGGGCGUGGCAAGAGCAGCAGCAGCGGGGGCGGCACUCAUGGACAUGCGGGCAAGAGCGCGGGCAGCGCUGGUGAUUUGCUGGAGCGGCAGGAGCGCAAGCGCAUGGAGGCAGCAGGCGUGGCCGAUUUGCUGCUGGGCGGCUGUGUGCCCGGCAUGCCACGACCCGCCCAUCCGCCGCCCAUAGACCUGACCGAGCUGGGCAUAAGCCUAGACAACAUCUGUGCCGGCGAUAAGUCCAUUUUUGGCGACACGCAGUUGACCUCCUCCAUGCCGGACAUGCUGCUGUCCAAGGCGGAGGAUUCGCACAGCUAUCAGAGCAUAGACAAGAUCAAUCUGAACUCUCCUAGCAACUCGGACAUGACGCAGAGCACCCAGGAGCUGGGCAACGAUCUGGAGCUGGACAAUGAGUCUGUGCGCGAGCUGGAGCUGCCACACGACGGCUACGAGCAGCUCUUUGCCGCCAAGCAGCGCAGCAAUCUGGACGAGAAGGAGGAGCAGCAGCAGCUGCAGCAGCAGCAUCAUCAAUUGGACAAUCGACCGCCGCUGAAGGAGGUGCGCUUUCACAGCGUGCAGGACACCAUGUCGCGCUCCAAGAGCUACACGGAUAACUCGAAUGCGCGACGUCGUCGCCGGCGGCGCAAUCAAUCGCGCAGCUCCUCCGAGAUGCAGAUCAAUCAGACGAAUCUGCGACUGCACAAUGCCCAGACGCAGGCGGGCGGCGGCGCACUGAAUCUGCUAAACAAUCUGGACAAUUGCGAUGUGGCCAGCAUCUGUUCCACAUGCUCCUCCAGCUCCUCCAGCGACAUGGACGACUAUGUUUACAGGCUGCCAGCGCGCAAGCACUACGGCGGCGUGCGUGUCGCCUAUGUGCCCAAUGAUGCACUCGCCUACGAGCGCAAGAAGAAGCUGGCUCAGGCGGGCGAUGCCAACGCUCUGGGCGGCUCCUCCGCGGGCAGCUGCUUGGGUGGCGCCCAGUCUAGCUUGCCGGCGAUCAUGCACGAGAGCAAGAAUUGCACGAUAUCAUGACCACCUCCGAUGCUGCCGCCGCCGCCGCUGAAUCUCAGCAGCUAUUACAUACUGGACACCAUACUCGAGGAGCAGAGCCUCAGUCUGUUGCCCGAAAAGAAACCCGGCUGCUUGAGGCGUGUCUGGAACUUCUUUGGCCUGGGCAAGCCACGUCCGGGCAAUGCACAGCGUCUAUAUAGCGUUUAAAACUGGAUAUCGGGGCUUUUGUAAAUGGACAUAUCGAUAAAUACUAUAUUAUAUGCAAAACUAAUACAACAUAUAUUAACUAAGGAUUGGUGGACAUUUAGAUUAGCUGUAAAUUGAGCUGGUAAGAAAAAACACACACAUAUUUUCUUUUCUUUUCAUUUUCCUUCUUGUAUAUUACAUUUAUCCAUGCUGUCCGCAUACAACACGUAUUAUUUCACAUACUUUAGCUCACAAAGUAUUCCAAACUACAUACAUAUAGAUAUAUACAUAUAGGGUAUACAAUGGAGAUGAUGAGAGACUCCCUUCCCCUCUCUCUCGGUCACUCUGUUUUUUAUCUACAACUUUGUACAAAGCUAAAAAGUAUAUCAAGCAUUUACACACAUAUUAUAGGUAUAUACGCACAUAUAUUAUAGCAUAUAGUAUAUAGUAUAGAUAAGUCGAUGCUAAGAAUCUGCCAGAAACAAAGGAUAGUAAAAUAAAACGCAAUCAACGAACAAUAAACUGUUAAAUAAAGCAACUGCCAACAAAA